CAACGUCCACACCUGCUCUGACCGCGGAGGAAUGGGGGAGGUCGCAGGGCAAGUUGGUGCCCCGCCCGGAUCCCUUUGGCAUUAGCCAGUAUCAGUAGUAGCAGAAGCAGCAGCAGCGCCGUCCGGCUGAAUUUGAGUCCCGCGUAAAGCAGCAGCAGCAGCAAGAGCGGCAGCAAUGCAGACCGGAUCCCACGACAUCUCUGGACUCAGCCACAAGCCAUCGCUGCCGCUGGGCUCCCUGCUGUUCCGCCGGCUCGAUGGGCUGCUCAUUGUUGGAGAGCUGGUGUGUGGGGCCCUCGUGUGGUUCCUGGAGGCGGGCACCAACCUGCCGAUUCCCACAUACCAGGGCUGGGUGAUGUUCGUGGCCGUGACAUUCUUCAUUCUCACCUUCAUCCAGUUCGUCAUUUACCUCUCCCACAUGCCCGAGCGCAACAUCGACGCCUGGAAGAUGGCCGAUAUCCUGUACAACUCAGUGGCGUUUGGCAUGUACCUCAGCGCGUCAGUCUUGCUGGCAAACUUGCUGGCCACCUCAUUUCCAGGGAAUUCUUUCUACGGUCUCAACGUGGCUGCUGUGAUCUUUGCCUUCUUAACGACGUUGUUCUAUGGAAUGAGCAUUGUCUUCGGCAUCCGGAGAGGAAAGUUUGAAUGAACAAGAUCGAUGUGGCACUGUGCACACCUAAGGAGACGGUUGUUGUCGUGGUCUUUUCAAAGUUGUUUCGAACGUUUUAGUGUUUCACCAAAACCCCAAGUGUAUAUUUAUCUGCACUGGUUGAAGCAGGACACGUUUUAGCCUUAGCUCUAGAAUUUGCAAUUGUCUAAACUCGUUUAUAUGUUACCAGCCGCUUUAAAUAUGAAUGCCGGAACCCACGAAACGUGCAGUGGGAAGGCUCCUCGUGCGUCACGGAUUAAAGGGUCGUGGGGAUGAGUCCAUCAGCACAGCCACCCACACACAUCGCUCUUGGUGAUUGGAUUCCCCGAAUUCAUGACAUGGUGUAAUAAAACAAGAAUGGUAAUAAAAUGUGGAUUUACUCGUCUUUAAUAAAUGUUUGUUCUUAAAGCAUAUAAUUUUGUUUUCAACAUACCUUCUUGAUAAACUUGUGGAACAUUUGCCAACACUGAACGCCGUUUCGCGAAGUGACCGUAUUGUGUAUGGCGAGGGCGCUUGAUGUAAAACGUGACAUCAGAGGGACGCCACAUAAAGAAGUAUUUUUACAACCCAUAUUUUGACUCCUGCCCUUAUGUUACCUCCUUAAUUCAUAAAUCGCCAAAAACUUGUUUUUAAAUGACAUUAAAAUCGUGUGAAAAAGUGGCCGA